UCUUGUGGGUUUCAGUCGGUUGCUUCCCUUUCGCGCGUGCGGAGUCGGGUCGUAUGGAAAUCGCCUCGAGAUGGCGUCCGUUGUGAAAUAGCGGGACGUCGGCGAAUCGGAACACGCUCGGCGUUCUCGGUACGCGUAAGUGCGACGCGCCAGGGUGCGGGAGCGCUAGCGUCAGCGGCGACCGCCGAGACACGCGUUGAAUAUUUCUUCACUGAGCAGACCAAACCAUUGAAGCUGUAAUUGUGGGUGUGAGCCAUUCAGGCGCCAAGGUUGGAAUUGCCUUCCCCGCCGAGCAUGAGUGCAAUUGCACGUGAGAGCAUUUUGUAUCUUUGCUUGUUGAAUUUACGCAGUUACGAGAGGAUUUUUAUGAUGAGCUCAAUGUCAUAUUUUCUUCACAGAUGAAGGCAAUUUGCCUGUUCCCGUGUUGCCUGUUGGUUACACAUUAGGAAACAGUUAAAAGUGUUGAGAAUAGCUCGAGCGCAAAUCUCACUUUGAGAUGUGUUGUAAAACUCCGCCUUCUGACUCCGUGGUUGCCGAGCGACAUUACGGCGCCUCAAGAUCGACGGUCUGGAUUGUUGUUUGUCUUUAACGAGUGCAAAUAAGAUCAAGUUUAUGAGUCCCGCAAAAGAGAAAUUUGCAACGCAUACAAUACGAGUGAGCCCGUUUUGUUACAAAUGGACAGCUUUAAUGCUUCGGUGCAGAAGGAAGCACGUCAGUUACGAAGGUAAGUGUGUAUGUACAGAUUCAGUUCCGCCUAUUGCGCUGCUUAGUCAGCGCAUUGUUUUAUUCAUUGCAAUGCUCGCUCUUAAACCUGAAAUGGAAUUUGUCGAAGACAUUGCAACCACAAUUGUUUGCUUUUGUGACGUGUUAAAGGCUCUUGGAUGGUUGCGUCAGAAUGCAAUUUUCACCUUAGCAAAAUAUAUUGCUGUAGCGUAGCAUAUAAAAAUGAUGAGGAAAAAUGUUUUUUUUGAGCCGUCUUUUUACACGACAGUGGUCCAAUUGUUCACAUUAAUUACCCAAAGAGGCUUUGACUUGAAAUGACUCGCAUGCUUGCUGCCCUUAUUUUAUUACUAUUAUGAUGAUGAUUAUUAUAAACACUCCCUUUCGUGACCUCCAUUCAUAAGUCAAGUAUCAGAUAAUUGGAAUAAGUGAAAUGUCCUUCAUGAUUAUUGCCAAAUGCAUUGUCAGCGUUGGAGGCGCGUAUCCCUCCCCGCCGCCAGGCGUCACCAAAGUGCGCGGGCGGGGGAAGCGGAAACGCCGGCGCCGCCGGACAAGAAGCGUCCACACGCAUCGCUGUCAUGUGUGCGGACGGUCAGCUGACUAAUCCCGCUCGCUUGUGAUGCUCCUUGUGCUUAUUUCGCCUCCUUUGCUCGCCAUUGUCGAAUGAAUGCGGCGCUAUGCUUGGCCCAGGAGAGCCAUGGUAGUCGUCAACUCGGUGCUGAAGCUGCUUCAGAGGCAGACGUACACCUGUCUGUCCCACCGCUAUGGACUCUACCUCUGCUUCGGAGGCAUCGUCCUCAUGAUCGUGUCUGCUUUCCAGUUCGGGGAGGUUGUGGUGGAGUGGAGCCGGGACCAGUACCAUGUGCUCUUCGACUCCUACAGAGACAAUUUGGGUGGCAAAUCCUUUCAAAGCAGGCUCUGCCUGCCCAUGCCCAUCGAUGUGGUGUACACGUGGGUGAACGGCACCGACGUGGCCCUGCUGAGGGAACUGAAGGCAGUGAGAGAGCAACUGGCGGAGGAACAGAGAGCGAUGAGGGAACGUCUGGGGAAAAAUGCAAGCGAAACGACAGAAGAGCCGAAAGUCAGGGCCAAAGCGGAAUGCUUGCUGUCCCACUGCAUCGUGGCGCCCAUGCUGGCGCUGGAUCCCGCCCUGCCGGCCAACGCCACGCUGCGGGAGCUGCCGUCGCUCUCGCCCUCGCUGGCGGGCGCCAAGCAGCUGCUGCCGCUCCGCAAGCCGGUUCACCCGUCCACUGCGGCCUCCGUACUGGUCUUCAAUUCUCAGGCUGACGCUGAGAAAGCCUACGUUGACGCAUUCAAGGAAGACAAGAAAUUCUCCGUGUCCAGAUGCUACCUGACCACAGACAAAGAGGCUCCGGGUCUGAUCCGCCUGCAGACGCUGGCCUACCUCAGCGGCUUCCCGGGCUCCUUCAAGGAGACGGAGCAGCUGCGGGCCAAACUGCCCUCUUUUGUCACUGACAAGAUAAAGCAGUUUGAGUUGUACUCUGAGGCCAGCAUCGCUCUGCUCCACCUCAACGGCCCGCAGGACUUCAGAGACCUCAUGCAGAAGUCCAAGAAGAACCUGACGCUGGACGGGAAGGAGCUGACCAUCAGCCCCGCCUACCUCUUCUGGGACCUGACCGCCAUCUCGCAGUCCAAGCAGGACGAGGACGUCUCGGCCAGCCGCUUCGAGGACAACGAGGAGCUGCGCUACUCUCUGCGGUCGGUGGAGAAACACGCCCCCUGGGUGCGACACGUCUUUGUGGUCACCAACGGGCAGAUUCCCUCCUGGCUCAACCUGGAUAACCCUCGUGUUUCGGUUGUCACGCAUCAGGAGCUGUUCUUGAACCGCAGCCACCUCCCUACGUUCAGCUCGCCGGCCAUCGAGAGCCACAUCCACCGCAUCCCGGGACUCUCGCAGAAGUUCAUUUACCUCAACGACGACGUGAUGUUCGGCAAAGACGUCUGGCCGGACGACUUCUACAGCCAUUCAAAGGGACAGAAGGUGUAUCUCACCUGGCCUGUUCCCAAUUGUGCGGAAGGCUGUCCGGGAUCCUGGAUCAAAGAUGGCUAUUGUGACAAGGCGUGCAACAACUCGGCGUGUGACUGGGACGGAGGAGACUGCACAGGGGCCGCGGGCAGCAGCAGAUUCCCGGGUGGGGUCGGCGCCGGCGGUCCCGGCGGAGCCGGCGGGCAGGUGUGGCAGUUUGCCGGCGGUCAAGGCGGCCUGGCCGGAGCCUCGUACUGUAACCAAGGUUGCGCCACCUCCUGGCUGGCAGACAAAUUCUGCGACCAAGCCUGCAACGUGCUCUCUUGCGGCUUCGACGUGGGCGACUGCGGCACAGACCACUUUGGAGAGCUGCACCGUGCCACCCUGCUGAGUAACCAGAGCGCGUACGUGCUCCCCGUCGGAGAGAUCAGACCUUAUUUCAGCUUCGAACGGCUGGCUUACAGGGUGUCGGAGGCCCACGUGAUCGACAACCCGGUGGUGCGUCACACCUCCGUGGCCAACAAGUGGAAGACCAUCCACCUGCUGCUCCACGCCGGCCACAACGCCACCGUGGUCCAGUACAACGUCACCUUCCAAAAAGAGGACAGCACGGCGUUUACCAAGCUCUUUAGCGUGGCCGUCGACACGCGUCAGCUUCCGCAGGUUAACGGGACGCAGACCGGCGGGGAAAGUUCCAGCCGGAAGCCUCCCGUGAUGACGGAACAGCCCUUCCUUUUCUCGGAUGUAGCCGAGGACAAGAGGGGUCCCAAGAUCCAGAGGAAGCAGCCAGAUGAACUCGAGGCCAUCGUAGAAGUUCCCGCGUUCAACGAGUCGCUCUUGCCGGCCCCUUUGCGGAGCGAGCUGCAGAAGCUGGAUGAGAAACUCCUCAAAGGAGACAUCACCCUGAAGGGUUACAACCUCACCAAGGCUCGCCUGCUGGCCACCGACCGCAAAGAACGUGACAGAGAGGAACUUGACGUGCCUCCCGCGGUGGAGAGGCCCAAAACCUCCAAGCUGCUGAGGCACAUUACCAAAGUGAAGAGCACCGAGCGGCAAUUGGAGCCCCCCCACGUUGCUCCAGUGGGGAGGAGGCUCCAACACUACGUCCCCGCUGACAGAGGCUUCUUGCCGUGGGAGAAGAAGAAGUACUUCCAAGACCUGCUGGAGGAAGAAGAGCGUCUGCAGACGGCCCUGGCGUACGACAUUGCCGGCGGCGGCGGACGCAAGCUGCAGGACACGUUUGCCGACUCGCUGCGCCACGUCAACAAGCUCCUCAACCGCCAGUUUGGCUUCGCGUCUCGCAAAGUCCCCGCGCACAUGCCGCAUAUGAUUGACAGGCUGGUCAUGCAGGAGCUGCAGGACACAUUCCCGGAUGAUUUUGACAAGACAUCCGCCCACCGUGUGCGCCACUCGGACGAUAUGCAGUUUGCCUUCUCCUACUUCUACUUCCUGAUGAGCACUCAGCAGCAGCUCAACGUCUCGGAGGUGUUCGACGAGGUCGAUACCGACCACUCUGGCGUUCUGUCCGAUCGCGAGAUUCGGACUCUCGCCACCAGGAUCCACGAGCUGCCUCUCAGCCUCCAGGACCUGACAAGUUUGGAGCAGAUGUUGAUCAACUGCUCGAAGACACUCCCGAGGAACCUGAGCGAGCUCCACCUGGUGAACCCCACACAGGAGGCCUACUACGACCACAGCAUGCCGCCGGUCACGAAAGGCCUCAUCGUGUACUGCACGCCCAUCACGGAGCGCAUUCGCAAAGCCUUCGUGGACCAGAACAAGUACAAGUUUGAGAUCAAGGGCGAGGAGGACAUCGCGUUCAAGAUGGUCCGCACCAACGUGUCGCACGUGGUGGGCCAAUUGGACGACAUCAGGAAGAAUCCCAGGAAGUUCAUCUGUCUGAACGACAACAUCGACCACGCCCACAAGGACGCCGCCACCGUGAAGGCGGUGCUGAGAGACUUCUACGACUCCAUGUUCCCGCUGCCCUCCCAGUUUGAGCUGCCCAGGGAAUACCGCAACCGCUUCCUCCACAUGGACGAGCUCCAGGAAUGGCGAGUCUACCGGGACAAGUUGAAGUUCUGGACCCACUGUGUCCUUGUGACGCUGGUGGCCUUCACCGUCAUGUCCUUCUUCGCCGAACAGCUGAUCCACUUUAAGCGCAAGCUAUUCCCCCGACGCAAAACGGCUAAAGACGACAACCCCGAGAGAGUUUGAACCAGGAAGUCCUCCUCCUCAUCGUAAUCAGCAGCAGCUUCAACGCCACCUCCGUCCUGCUCAGUGAAAGAUUUUUUUUUUUCUUUUCCGUCUGGUGAUGGAUGAAGAAACAAAGCCAAUGAAGAAGCAACAUGAAUGUUUCUUUUACUUUUACGCACUCAACACUCCUGAGGCCCUGUACAUCAACUUUUUUUUUUUUUUUGUUGCCCUUUGCUAAAACACGACCAAACGGACAAUAAUGCUUUGACGGGAGACAUGUUUUGAAAUUGUUUGUGAUAGGAACUAUUGGACAUUUUACUGCUCAGAGUUCAUUUUAAAGGAAUUGUAUAAAAAAGGGGUCAUUAAUUUAAGUCCUUGUCGGUUAUGUCUUUAACACUAUGGGAUCUAGAAGUGCCUUCUUUGUUCAUUUCUAUACUUUUACAAAACAAAUGUUAGUGUGAAAAAGUUGUCUACCGAUUUGCGUGCGUGUGUGUGUGUGUGUGUGUGUGCGCGCGUGUGUGUUUAGGAAUCAAUCGGCCUUCCUUGAAUCUGUGUUUGUCAGACGCGGCAGCGUUCCUUCUCGCCGUCUGCGCGCACGUGUCCCCAUGGGACCCAGCAGACUCGCUAUAAUGUCUGAAAUUCAGACGACUCGGCUCUUUAACUUAUUUUUGGGGGGAUUGUAACGUUGCCAUGGAGACAGAGCACUUUGUCGUUCUGUGUGUCGCCGCCCUUUAACGUCGCUUGCUAUGGCUCUUCCGACUGAAAUAAAAUGUUCGGCCAUCUUCGU